UCAAAGCGUUUGCCCUUACCGGUUGCUUAUUUUAUAAUGUUCAAGUCAACAAUUUAUUUUUUCUUGGCGUUCUUUUCAUAUAAUCUGUAUGGAUCCAUGGCAGAAAGCCAUGACAAUGGGCGAUCCGUAUGCCUAUUGCACGACGCGCCAAAUCAAUGUGGAGACUUUUGUCUUGGGGCACUGAAGCCAAUGCUCGAUCACAUUGCUUUUCACCAGAAGGAGUGGAGCACUUGCAAUCCCCAAAAACAUAAUGAAACACAGGAAAGACUUGUCAGAAUCGAAGCCAAACUUGACAAGUUACUGGACCAGAAGGAAGCUUCAUCGACGAAUGCAAAUAUUCUUGAGUUACAGACAAAACUGGAUCGGAUUGAAAACCUACUCGCAGGCCUGCAUAAAAAUGUAUCUAAAAGUGUCUCCAACGCUGUUAUAUCUCCUUUGUUCAUGCGGAUCGGGUCUAGAUUAAUUUACGUCGAAAACGGAAUUAAAAAGUCCUGGGACGGUGCUGAAGAGACCUGCCGCGAGAUGGGAGGACAUCUGGCAACUAUUCAGAACGAAUCUGACUUAAUCGCCAUCAGAGAAGAACUAAAGAUCAAUGGCGUCUACUGGCUGGGCAUCACAGACGUGGCCAAGGAGGGAGAGUUUGUGUCCGUGGCCACUGGCCAACCAGCACCCUUCUUGAAGUGGGAAUCAGAUCAGCCAAACAAUUUAUUAGGCAAAGAUAAUUGUGUGGAUAUUUACCGCGGCGAAAUGUACGAUAGCGAAUGUAGCAAAAGUCAACAUUUUAUCUGUGAGGCUGUUGGAUAAGUGAAAUAAUUGAAUUUGGUUAUUUGUACAAAGGCUUUGCUACGCCUAAUGUAAAAAUAGUUUUUAAAAAAGUUAGAUAAGCAUUUUGUUUUGUUAACUGCAUUUCUUACUAAUAAACAAGUGCUCAUAUUAUA